AGUUACUUCCCAUAGGACUGUUCUCUAUUUUAAGAGUUGUGCUAUAGUUGGUCAUUUCAUGUAAACUAAACUAAAAACACGUGUUGGUUGUUAAAACGAAAGCAAAAUGCCGUUUUUCAUACGAAACAAACAAAAAUCAGGAAAGAUAGGGAAAAGAAACAACCAGAAGUCUUCAAAACCGCCACCAGUCAAAAUAAAACGACAAAAGGUUGAUGAAAAUAUUGAAAGUGAUUCUGAUGUUGAAGGCAGUGAACAAGAAGGGGAUGGAAGACCGGCUGCUUACAGUUCUGAUGAAGAACAGCAAAUUGAAACAGCCCAGGAAAAGAAAUUACGAUUAGCUAAACAAUACAUUGAACAGUUAAAGAGAGAAGAAGCAGAAAAAUUAGAAGAUAAAGAAAUAGAUGAUGAUGUGAUAGCAUCUAGAUUAAAACGUGACAUACUAGAAAAAUCACAGAAACUUCAUUAUGAUAGAGCAGAUAAUUUAUUACAACCAGAGCCAGAAUUAAUUAAAGUAUUACGAGGCCACAAGUUAUCUGUAACUUGUAUAGUGAUAUCAUCAGAUGAUAGAUAUAUUUACUCAGCGUCUAAAGAUUGUUCUAUUAUCAAAUGGGAUAUUAAAUCAUGUAAAAAGGUUCAGAGUAUUGCUGGUGGAAGAAAGGGUACAGCUCACAUUGGUCAUACAUCACAUAUAUUAUCAUUAGCUAUAACUACAGAUAGUAAAUAUCUGGCUUCUGGUGAUGUAAAUAAUUUAUUACAAAUAUGGAAUCCUGACACAUUGCAACAUAUUAAAACAUUUCAUGGUCAUAGAGGUCCGGUUUCUGGUUUAUCAUUUAGAAAAGGUACACAUCAGUUAUUUAGUGCUUCACAUGAUAGAUCUGUUAAAAUCUGGAAUUUAGAUGAAAUGAGUUAUGUAGAAACUUUAUUUGGUCAUCAAGACAGUGUAACAAGUAUAGAUAGUUUAACUAGAGAAAGGGCAGUAACUUGUGGUGGUAGAGAUAAUAGUAUCAGAGUAUGGAAAGUUGUGGAAGAAUCACAAUUAGUGUUUAAUGGUAAAGGAGGUUCAAUAGAUUGUGUUGCAUUAAUUGAUGAGGCUAGCUUUAUAACUGGUCAUGAUAACAAUUCUCUAGCUUUAUGGAGUGUAUUAAAGAAGAAAUCUGUAUUUACCAGAUAUGGUGCACAUGGUGAGAAACAGGAGGGUAGUAAAUUAGUAACGGAAGAGAAUUGGAUAACGUCAGUUGCUUCUCUUCAAUAUUCAGAUGUUGUGGCAUCAGCAGGUUCGAAAGAUGGUUGUAUUCGUUUGUGGAAAGUUGGUCGAGAUAUGAGAUUUUUACAUUUAUUAUACACAGUACCUGUGAAAGGUUUUGUGAAUUCCAUGAAGUUUUCUAAUGAUGGCAAGUUUUUGGUAGCUGGAGUUGGUCAGGAACACAGGUUAGGAAGAUGGUGGAGUAUUAAAGAAGCUAGAAACAGUGUGUGUAUAAUACCAGUUAUAAAUAAACCAACAGAUACGACUGAUACCUCUAUAACUAAUCCCACAUCUAUAACUAAUCCCACAGAUAUAUCUGAAACAACUAUAAAUAAUCCCACAGAUGAUACAACAGUACAGUCCUGAUAUACCAACUUAAUAUUACAUACUAUAUCUGUGCCUUGUUGGAAAGAGAAUUGUAAAGGACACUAAGGAUUAAAACUUUAUCUUUUAAAACAAGACUUUAUCUAACAGUUGACCUCAAAUGUUAGGUCACUGCUACAGGCUAUUUUAGAAGGUAAAUAUAAAAACCAGUAUGAAUGUAAUAAAGAAUUGAGUGUAAGAAGAUGAUAAUGACAGUCAGACAUUUUAUUGAGAAGAAUGAAAUGUAUAUAUACAUGUAUAUAUCUGUACAUGUACUAGGUUUUACAUCAACAAGAUGUUAAUACAUAAAACUA